UGAGUCUGCUUCUGCUCAACUCAAACAAAACUCAGCUCAAGACUUAAAGACUAAAAUCGCAUUGUAGUUUUAAAUAGUAGAGUAAGAAAACCACGCGUUUAAAGUAGAAAACGGGCGUCGUCGUACCAUUCGCGUCAUUCUCUUGGCGUCGCGUGUUCUAUACUCGGAUUCGCAAUUCAUAUAUAUAUAUAUAUAUAUGAAUAAAUAUAUAAAUAUAUUUAUAUGUAUAUCGAGACUCAUUGAGAAUCGAUGAGUCGUCGAUUACAAAAAGUGAUAUUUAAUAUUUUGUAUUAUUAAAUAAAUUUAUAUAUAUACGUAUAUAAUAUAUAUGUAAAUAUAAAUAUAUGUGAUUUAAAAAAAAAAAGGAAUAACAAGUGUGAUUUUUUUUACGUGUGUCAGACUGUGACGGAAUUCCAGGGUAUAUAUGACAGUAGUGUUAUAUACAUAUAUAUGUAUAUAUAUUUUUAAUUGUUUAAUAAUUAGACAAGUGGUUAAAUAUGAUUGUGAAUUUUGAGUGCUUAUUUAAAUAAUUGUGAAAUAUGAUGGGAGUGAUUUAAAAUAUAUGAGAUAAUAUUUGAAAAUUUAAUUUUAAAAAUGUGUACGAGGGAAUUGAUGGUAUUGGGGGUGAUUGUGAAGGUGGUUUAAAAGUUUAAAUAUUUAUAAUUUUUUUUGUUGGCUUGUGGAUGAGGAGUUUUAGUUAUAUUUGUAAUUUGUGAACAGUAUUAACCGGUAGAUUUAAAAUGGGGAUAAGAAUUUUGAGAAAGGCGAGGCUUAGAUCCUUUGGAAUAAUCAUUGAAAGUCUUUGGCUGUUUGCUAUAUUCUGUGGAACUUUAGAAGCAGCAAAUCUAAGACACACAAGACAAGCAGAUUUCCGUUCACAGUAUUUCAAUAUUGAAGAUUCAGUGACAAAAGAUGACAAUCACAAUCAUAAACCUGUAUUUUAUGAUUGUCUUAAAUUGGCACCAAGAGUUAAAGAAGAUGAACCCGCAGGUACUAUUGUUAUAACAGUACACGCUGAAGAUCGUGAUCCACCAGAUGAAGGAGGUACAAUAACUUACAGUUUUGUCACGGCACCUGGUGAAAAAUUAAAAUUUGAAAUAAAUAAUGUCACUGGAUUGAUAAAAACAACUCAGGUAUUAGAUAGAGAUGAACCGGCACGUGAAAAAGAAGCAUAUUUAACAGUAUUAGCAACAGAUAAUGGUCGCCCACAACUUGAUGAUGUUUGUACAUUUAAAGUAACAAUCGAAGAUGUUAAUGAUAAUGCGCCGGUCUUUGACAAAGUCGUUUACACAGAAUCAGUGCCACAAGAUCACCCGCCAAACGCCGAGGUGAUGCGCGUAUCAGCAACAGAUAUCGACGACGGUAAUAAUUCCGUAAUCCAAUACAGUCUCACUGCAUCGCGUAAUACCGAUGACGCUUCUUACUUCAAAAUAGACGAAAAAACUGGAGUUAUUUAUCUCAGCCAAGCAAUUAAGCAUGGUCCCGAUUACAAAUUUCGCCUGAUCGCCCGCGCCCAAGAUCUCGGUCGCCCAGAGCCAAAAGCCAGUGAAAUAGAUUUGGAAAUUCGUGUCGUUGACUCUUACAAAAAAGCUCCCACAUUUUUAGGAACUUCAGCCAAUACUCUAAACCCACUUUUAAUUCCCGAAAAUUUUACUGGUUUUGAUCUAUCACUAGUUCAAGUAACCGCCGCUUCAAAUAUUCCCGACAACCCAAACGGUCUUAUAUUUGAAUUAGUUACCGGUGGAACAGAACAAGCAAACAAAGCCAACACAUUUCGUCUCGAAUCCGAAGGUAAUACUGCGCACAUAAAAUUAGCUCAGCAUCUUGACUACGAGCGAGUUACCGAAUACACUUUGAUCGUUCGUGUUCAAAACAAUUAUGAUUUAGCCGCCGAAACGGUUGUCAACAUCCAAGUAUUGGAUGUCAAUGACAAUAUUCCCGUUUUUGUUGAAAUGAAAAAAGGAAGCGUUUUAGAAAAUGAGUUACCAGGUGUACCAGUAAUGCAGGUCCGCGCUAUCGAUCAUGACGGAACAGAAGCCAACAAUCAAGUUACCUAUGAACUAGAUAAUUACAAAGAUUAUUUUGCAAUCGAUAAAUAUACCGGUAAUAUAACAACUCUGACAACUUUCGAUCGUGAAAAAGUCGAUACUUAUAAUGUCAAAAUAAUAGCAACAGACAAUUCACCCAGUGCUUUAUACAAAACCGGAGAACCAAAUCGUGGACAACAAGAUUUCCGUAUCGAAAUAGCCGACAAAAAUGAUAACCCACCGCAUUUUAAUCGUUCCGUUUACACCGCAAAUUCAAUUCUAGAAAAUACGAAUGUCAAUGCACUAGUUACUGAAGUAAAAGCUGAUGACAAUGACACAGCUAGUCCUGUUAUUUACUCAAUAAUUGCCGGUAAUGCGGAUGACAGUUUUUACAUUGAAGGUACAACUGGUAAAAUUCGUAUAAAACGUCCACUUGAUUACGAAAAAAUAACAGAGUAUAAUUUAACAGUACGCGCAUUUGAUGGCAUGUAUGCCGACAAUGCAACAGUCAAAAUAUUUAUUGAAAACGUAAAUGACAAUCCCCCAAUAUUUACACAAGAUUUCGAUCGCAAUCCAACAAUUGAGGAAGAAAAACUUAUCGAUGGCUGCUUGACCCAAGUGAGCGCUUACGAUCCUGAUAUCAAGAACCGUAGCGCAGAUCAACAUAUCGCGUAUUUUAUUGUCAAAGAAGACCAGCAGCCUCUGUUAGAAAUAAGCAAAACUGGUUGUAUUAAACUGAAAAAACCGUUGGAUCGCGAUCCGCCGACAGGUUAUCCCAUGUGGACAGUUAUCGUGAUGGCGCGUGAUGAAGAUGGAGCUCCAACGGCACUGCAGGCAUUGGUGAUGGUCAACAUAACCCUGAUAGACAUUAACGACAACGCGCCAUUUUUAGAUAUGAUCCAACCGGUAGUUUGGUAUGAAAACCAACAGCCAGACAAUAUUACAAAAUUACGCGCCCGUGAUUUUGAUUCAGAUGAAAACGGACCGCCCUUCCAUUUUUCAAUAGACCCGGCAGCUGAUAAUAGUAUUGACUUAUUUGAAAAAUUCAGUAUCAUCGGUGACGAUUUACGCGCGAAUGUUGUUUUUGAUCGUGAAGAAUGCAAACAAUAUGAAUUACCGAUCGUUAUUAGCGACAGUGGACGUCCUAGAUCAAUGACCGGUACAUCAACGCUGACUAUUGUCAUUGGUGAUGAAAAUGACAACCGUAUGGAAGAAGGUACCAGUUCUAUUUUUGUAUACAAUUACAAAAACAAAGGAAAGAAUCAACUAGACAGUGAAGAUGUAAUUCAAGAUACUGAAAUCGGGCGGGUUUACGUCAAUGAUUUAGACGAUUGGGAUUUACCAGAUAAAUAUUUCUCUUGGUUAGACGGCGGUGAUUAUCAUGAAGGAUUUAGUUUAGACCCACAUACUGGUAUGAUAACAAUGCUCUCAUCAAAUACUUGGGUUGAUAAUACUUAUUUAUUAAAAUUCGUUGUCAAAGAAUCGAGUCCGCUGAUUCCUAGUCAUACUGUUAAUGCUUACGUUAAUGUAACAGUUAAAUUAAUACCCGAAGAAGCUGUUGUUAAAUCUGGUUCGAUAAGAUUUUAUGGUUCAACGCCUGAAGAAUUUGUUGCGCCAAGAAAAGAUUCAAAUAUUAGCAAGAAAGAUAUUUUCCAUGAGCGAUUAGCGACAAUAUUAAACACGACCAUUGAUAAUAUUGAUGUCUUUACGGUACUGGUGUCUCCUCAUCAGCAAGGAUUCCAAAGUAAGGAUACUAAGAAACGAGUGCCUUUGCUGGAUGUUCGUUUUUCGGCCCACGGAAGCCCGUACUAUGCUGCGGAAAAAUUAAAUACUAUCGUAUCCCGGCAUGCGGUUAAUAUCGAACGUGAAUUAGAGAUGGACAUAAUGAUGGUCAGCAUUGAUGAGUGUCUGCAAGAGCAAGUUCACUGUAAUAAUUCAUGCCGUAAUUAUUUAAACAUAUCAGGAACCCGGCCGUAUGUUGUCUACACAAACUUGACAUCAUUUGUUGGCGUUCGAGCCAUCGUUGAUCCUCAGUGUACGUGUCAUGUUGCUGAACCAAUCGUGUGUCUCAAUGGCGGAACGCCUUUGCUUGCUGGCACCCCAAUGCGCUCUGGUGAAAUAAUCGGUACUGAACGCUGCGAGUGUCCGCCAGGGCUCGAAGGACCAAGAUGCGAGUUACUAGACAUCGCUUUCCAUGGCGAUGGGUGGGCAGUUAUGCCUGCUCUUGAAAAAGCCUGUGAUGAUUCACAUCUAGGAGUUGAACUAAAAACAUUCAAUGAUUUUGGACUAGUAUUUUACAUCGGUCCGAUGAUUUACAGCAAAACUCUUGGGGUUCAAGACUUUAUGUCUUUAGAAAUUCAAAAUGGAUAUCCGGUUUUGUAUGUAAACUAUGGCAGUGGUACAGUUCGACUUGAACAGACACAAACAAAGCUUAGUGACGGUAAAGAACAUCGGAUUGAUAUUUACUGGACCAAGUCCGUUGUUGAAAUGAAAAUAGACAAUUGCGGUGGGUCGAAUUGUAUGAGUUUAGGUGGCCCGCCAGGUGACAAUGAUUUUCUUAAUGUUAAUUCGCCUGUACAAAUUGGCGGCAAUGGACUAGGAACUACUGAUUUUCAUGAACUAUCUACAUUGUUUAACUGGACUUUCACUCCCACUGAUCGUGGUUUCUACGGUUGCAUUCGCAACAUGACUAUCAAUGGUAACACUUAUAAUUUUGGUAAUUUAGCUUUGGCUAAAAAUGCCUACGCCGGAUGUGACAGCGGAAUGGCUAAGGCAGUAUCAUUUUCACUGGAUACAAACUUUUGGGUUGUUAUUGCCGUUUGUUUGAUAAUAUUGUUCUUACUUGUUGCGGGAAUAUUCGCACACAGACGUAGAAGUGAUGAACACUAUAAAGACAUGGAUGACAUUAGAGAAAAUAUAAUAAAUUACGAAGAUGAAGGUGGCGGUGAAGUAGAUACUGGUUAUGAUUUGAAUGUCCUAAGACGAAUUUAUGAUUCUCCGAGCGUCCUAGGUGGCGGUAAUGGCGGCAUUGAUUCGAAACUUGCUUCUGUUAUCAAUCAAGGCAAAGGUGGUAUUGGUAAUGAUGAAAUACCGGACAUCUGUAGUUUUUUGGAUGGAAAAAAAUCAAAUUGUGAUAAAGAUCCGGACAUUAAUCCAUUUGAUGAUGUCCGGCAUUAUGCUUAUGAAGGUGAUGGUAAUUCAGAUGGUUCAUUGUCGUCAUUGGCAUCUUGUACUGAUGAUGGUGACUUGAAAUUUAAUUAUUUGUCUAAUUUUGGACCAAGAUUUAGAAAGUUGGCUGAUAUGUAUGGCGAGGAACCGAGCGAUGAUGAUGAUGAUGAUGACGAAGAUGAUGAUGAUAAUGUUGGUGUUGAUGUUGAUAAUGACAGUAAUAUUAAUAAUGAUGCAUGUAGACGUAGACGAUUUAGACAAGAUGAUAAUCAUGGUAAUAAUAGUGGUAUUAAUAAUGAUAAUAGACCAGCGCCUAUGCCUAGAAUAAGAAAUACUGGUAAUGAUGAACGAGAGAGUGAAAGUUGGUGUUGAUUUUAUUGUGAUUAGUACUGAUAAUUAUUAUUAUAUAUAAUCAUAACUAUUUAUAUUAAUGAUGAUAGGUUUUAAUUACUUGUAAUUAUUACUGGUUAUUGUUAACAACAAAGGUCAUUAUUAGCAACUAGAACUAUUAGUUCCGUGUUGUUAUUAGUAAUCGUAAUAAUAUUUACAUGAACAGUUACAAUUACUGGUAGUAAUAAAUACUGUCAUCAAUAACGAUAAUUAUUAUUAACGAUUUUAAAAAAUCUUAAAAAAUAGAGAAUAUUACCAACAGUAAUGAUUACUGUCAUUAAUAGUAAUACAUACCAUUGAUAAUAAUUAUUUCAGUAAUAAAUACUGUCAUCGAUAACGAUUAUUAUUAUUAAUGAUAUUAAAUAUUUCUAUGAAUAGUUAAUAUUACUAACAGUAAUUAUUACCGUGAUUACUAAUGAUAAAAAUCGUCAUUAAAAACGAUCAUUGUUACUGAUCGUGGUAAAUAUUAUCAUUAACAGUCACUAUUAUUGAUAUUAAUAAAUACCAUCGUUAUAGUAAUAACUACCACCAUUAAUAGUGAUUAUUAUUAGUAGUAAUUAAUACUGUGAUUAAUAACGAUGAUUGUGACUGAUUGUAGUAAAUAUUAUUAUGAACAGUCAAUAUUAUUAAUUUUAAUAAUUACAGUAAUUAAUAAUAAUUAUUAUGAUUAAUAGUAAGAAAUAUCAUAAUUACUAGUAGGUAUUAUUACUAUUAGUAGAAAGUCAUCAUUAAUUAUUAGUAUCAGCAAAGGUAAUUAUUACCAACCUAAAUAAUUACCAUUAAUAUAAAUAAUAAUGAUUAUUAUUAAUUAAUAAUUAUCAGUAACGAGCUUGAUAGUAAAAAACAAAAAAUCUCAUUUACGUAAUAAUGUUAUUAUGUACUUAAUUACUAUUAAUUAUUAUUAUUAUUAAUACUAUACUAAAUAUUGGUAUGAUAAUUUUGAAGGUUAAUUACGGAAUUUUAUACGAGAAAAAAAAAAUAAUUAAUUAUAUUUUUUUCAAAACAAGACUAAAAAAAUUCUGUGCCUUAAAUACGCCUUAUUUUAAAACAGAAAAAAGUAGUAAAUUAACUAUAAGUAGUUAUUGAUUAAUCAUUCCACGUACAUAUACAUUAAUUUUUCGUGAACAAUCAAACAAAAAAAAAAGUUUGUUUCGAAAGCGUUAAAAUACGCCAAAGAAAAAUUAAUUUGUUUAUGUACGAACGCCGAUGGCAGCUAAAAAAAUCAAAGUGAUUUUUAUAUUAAAACAAAUUUUUUUCGCUUAUAAAUAUAUAUGUACACAUAUAUAUGAUUAUUUAUAGCGUAGUAUAUAUUAUAGGAUAUAAUUAAAAACAAUGAAAGAGGAAUAGAAAUUUUUCAAAGGAAAAAUGACCAUAUUAUAAUUUAUAGGUUAGUGUAAAUUAAUUUUUUUAUUACUGAAGAACAAACGAAAUUAAAUUAAUUAAUUAAAGAACAAUAAUUGUAACUUGUAUUUAUAUUUUUCAUCGCCUUUCUUUUUUUUUUUUUAUAAUAUACUAAACUUAAACUUACUCAGUAAUCGGUUGAAACAAUGAAAUAUUUCUUGUAUUUUGUAAUUGAGACAAAUAUUUUGUCACGCAAUUAAACAUUUUGUUUUGUUUCCACGAAUUAUUAUUAUUAUAAUUACUAUUACUUUUUUUAUUACGAUUUAAGACUGAAAUUUUUUUACUCUUUAUUUUGCGAUUAAAAUAAAAUUUGUUCGGCUGAUCUUCCAUUGGGUGUCGGUAAAAAAAUCCUAAACAAAGAUACUUAUUUUAUAUUAUCCGGUGAAAAUAUUCAAUUAUGAUCAUAUGUACGUUCAAACAUCACAUAUGAUCGUAUGUGAUCAUAAAUAUUAAUAAUUAUAACCACAUAUAAUAUCUUCUAUGAUUACAAAUGAUUAUAUGGAUACGUACGAUCAUAUAUGAGCAUAUACGAUCACAUUUGAACAUAUAUGAUAUCAUCUGAUCCAAAAUAAAUAUAAAAACACUCACAUCAUAUGCCUAGUAUGAUCAUAUAUGACCAUAUCUGAUAUCAUAUAUGAUUGUAUAUGAUCAUAUCUGAUAUCAUAAUUUUACGUCUGAUAUAUGAUCAUAUAUUAUCAGAUAAAAUUAUUUUCAGUAUCCAACCAAAUUUGAGUAUUUUAUGUGACCAUAUAUGAUCAUAUCCAAUUCGCGAUCACUAUAUUUCAUAUUAUAUAUGAUUAUAUAUGAUUUCUGAUAUAUGUGAUUGUAUACGAUCAAAAUUUCAUUUUUUAUAUAUGACAAUAUUUGAUCAGAUAAAGUUAUUUUUGGUAUCCAACCAAAAAUAGGUAUUCAUAUAUGAUCAUACAGGUGAUCAUAUAUGAUCAUAUCUAUUAUAGUCUGAUCAUAUAUGUCAUCAGAUGACAUAUAUGGUUGUAUGUGAUCGAAAUUUUACUUCUGUUAUAUAACCAUAUAUGAUCAGAUAUAUUUAUUUUUAGUAUCCAACUAAAUCUUAGUAUUCUAUAUGAUCAUAUAUGAAUAUUUUAUACCAGGCAGCUGUACAUAAGUACAACAAUUUAAGUAAAAAUUGUUAUCUCUAGGAUUUUACUGUCCAGAUUUUUUUUAGGAUUUUUUGCCCGAUAAUUCUUCCAUUACACUAUUGUUUACGUAUUGUUUUUAAAACAAUUAUUGCAUUUAUCUACAAAUAUAUAAUAUAAACAAUCGCCUUUGAAAGUAAACCAGAAUUUAUCAACAAUAUUAACAAUAAAGGUGCGGAAUUUUAGAACAAAGUUUUUUUUUGGUUAGUAAACAAAACUUUAAAAAAGACAAACAAUACAGUUGUAAUUUUAAUCAUGUUUAUUAAUUAACUUUAGAAUGCGAUAAAUUUAAUUGGUAAUUAUUUUAUAAAUUAUUUAAUUCAAAUGAUUUUAAAAAACCGGUUAUUAUUAUUUUAAAUAACAAUUAAUAUUCAAGUAAUUGUUACCGUGUUACAAUUGAAAAAAAAAAAUCUUUGCUCUAAAAUAAAGGACCCUUUCAAUAUUUUAAUGAU